AUGAAUAUUAACAAUGAGGCAAGUAACACAAGGGCAAUGCAACUACAUACCUUAAAUAAACUUGUAAGUGAGAAGAAAAAUGCGAACGAAAUGGUUGAAAUAAGUUUGGAGUCAAAUAUAAAUAUGAGUGAAAGCUUUAUGUUGAAUUGUAAAGGCGAACUUGAUAAGGCAAUUAGUAUCUUUGAGGAAAGUAGAGAAAUUAUUUAUAGUGAUGUGGACGAGCAAAUGAUAAUCAAAAUAAGCUUUAUUGAACCCGUCUCAAUCACUAAAUUUGGAAUUCAAGCUUUGGAAAUUCAAAAUGAAACUGAAAAAUAUGAGAUUAAGGAUCAACCGGAGUUAGAUGUGGCAGAAUUGAGCAAACCCAGAUUGGCAAAGCUGUACGUGAAUUCUCCUCUUGCAGACUUUGGUGAAAUUGAAGAUUUGACUCCAUCUUUUACCAAGGUUUUUACUAAUCAAGAAUUACAAGAGUUUUCAAUUUUUACAUUACCUGGGUCAAAAUUUCACAGGUUAAAGCACCUGACGAUAUUCAUAGAAGAAAAUCAGGAUUGUAAGGAGAAAACAUACUUUAAUAAAAUAAAGCUUUUAGGAUAUAUAAUACCUUCAUGA